CGAAGAUGGACAAUGCGCAUAACGGAGUAGAGUGGUAGGGGAACAUGACACAUCUGUCAAGAUAUAAAGACUAUUUAUCAACCAUUUAUCAACGAUACCAACAUGUGAAUGAACUUAAUAUCGUAGCAAUUUCAAUAAUUUGUAAUCGAUUAAAAAUGAAAACAUAUAAUUGAAUAAAAAUAAUAUCGAUUUAGUGAAGUGAGACAUGAGUUCCGUCACAGAAAUAACGAACGAUGAUACACUUUACGAUACAACAAAUUUUUAUAUCGGUUUAGGGCUAGCAAUUAGUUCCAGUGGUUUUAUAGGUGCUAGUUUUAUCAUAAAAAAGAAAGCUUUAAUCCAGCUUCAGAGAUACGGCGGACUGCGUGCGUCAUCUGGAGGUUUUGGCUAUUUAAAAGAAUGGAUAUGGUGGGCCGGUCUUUUAUCCAUGGGCAUAGGGGAAGCAGCAAAUUUCAUUGCUUAUGCAUUUGCACCUGCGUCACUUGUAACACCACUAGGUGCUCUAAGCGUUCUAGUAUCAGCAGUAUUAGCAUCCAAAUAUCUUAAUGAAAAAUUAAAUCUAUUGGGAAAGAUAAGUUGCUUGCUAUGUAUCUUAGGUUCCACGAUAAUAGUAUUACAUUCCCCGAAAGAGGAGGAAGUCAGCAGUCUAAGCGAACUGGUAGUCAAAAUAAAAGCACCAGUUUAUAUGCUAUACGUUUUAAUUGUAAUAAUGUCUACCUUGUCGAUUGUCUUUCAUUUUGGUCCAGCAUAUGGCAAGCAAAAUAUUUUGGUAUACAUUUGCUUGUGCUCGUCUGUUGGUUCUUUAACUGUCAUGAGUUGUAAAGGUUUGGGCCUGGCGUUGAAGGAGACUAUUUCUGGUCGAGAGAAUGCGUUUACCAAUUGGCUAACGUGGGUCUUCAUAUUCAGCGUUAUUCUUUGCAUCAUGAUACAAAUGAAUUAUCUGAAUAAAUCGCUCGACUUGUUCGAUACGUCUAUCGUGACGCCAAUUUAUUACGUUUUCUUUACGACUCUUGUGAUAAUAGCAUCCGCGAUUUUAUUUAGAGAAUGGACAAAGAUGAGCGCGGAAAAUAUCCUAGGUGCCUCCUGCGGCUUUCUCAUAGUUGUAAUCGCUAUAUUCUUGUUGAACACUUUUAAAGAAAUGGAUAUACAAUUUGGUAAUAUUAAGCACAUGUUGAGACCCAAAAGGGAAAUGCUCUCGAAUUAUAAUUCGAGAUGGGAUGAUCAAGAGAGAGCAGUAACUAGAGUGGAGUCCCAGCAUUUGCUUAAUCAUACAUACGUUGGUUCAGAUCUUACUAGGACUAUUUAAAAAUUGUUUCCGUGGAAACGCAUGUAAUAUUAUAUCAUCUGUUACAUUUUAAAACUGUACAGCGAUCAAGAGAUAGAUUUAUAAAAUUAAUUUAUUUCCAUAUCCUUCACAACUGAAUGUAAAUAUGUUUUAUUUAUAUUGCCUGUAAACGUUUCUUGUAAGUCAAUUACAUCCUUAUUUUUAAAUAAAAAUAGAGAAGUUUUUUAAACCAGCAAAAUGUUAGCAACAUGACAGAAGUUUGGUGGCGUAUUCUAGUAGAAUAUUGUGGCAAAUUGGCACCAGAUAGCAACAUAUGUAUAAAAGACAUCUUAAAUCUCAGACUCUCUACAUUAAAAUUGCAUUUGACAGAUUGAAAAAGCAAAUAUAACGGAAUCUGCUUAUCAUAUUAUUAAAUUAAAUUAUUAAGCUAUUAUUGUAGCUAAUUAAAAUAUAUUUGAUUUAAGUGUCAAAUUUUGAUUUUCACAAUCCAUAUUUCACUAACAAAGUCUGUUAUAUUUCUAUUUACAAAAUUUGCAAGAUCUGCUUUCAAUAAAACUGUUUGACUUCUUUUGUGAAAAUUUUUCUUAGAAAUUGUUAUGAUUUUUUUCAGAAUUUUAGGAUUUUUUAGAAAAUUUCUCGCAUUUUCUUGUACAAAUUAGAAUACUUUUAAAAGCGCUAAGAAAGUCUAUAUCUUUUCUAGAAUUUCUUAUACAUGUAAUUUUUGAAAUCCACGAUUCAUAUAAUUUCUUAUUCUAUAAUUUCCUUUAAAAAAAAACUUAUAAAUUAUAAAGAAUUAUAUAAGGUACUUUUUCAAAAAUUUUUAGAAAUUUAAAAUUUGAAUUAACACAGUGGCUACAUCGGUUGAAAAUAUAUCUUGGUGGUUAAUAAUAUUUUUUUAGGUCUAUUUAUAUACAAAUUCUCACAAAUUACGCGCAUGUUUACCAGACUUCACUCGCAGAUGUUAAGUAAAUGUAAAUAUAUAAUAUCAUGAAAUUGAAUUGCCAAUCAAUUCAAUUAUUUUUUAUAUCAGUAGGCAUCUCUGCGAUCCACUCUUAUUCCGAAAACUGUAAAAAAAUUGUAAAAUAUAAAACAUUCUUAAAAAUUU